AUGCUUGGCCUCCUCUAUCGCUUCGUCUCUCUCUCUUGCUUUCACCCUCGUUUCUGUGAAGAAUAUCCACGUAGUGAAGCUUCACGCGAAAAGGGCGCAUGUACCUCUGCAGCCCCGAUUGCUCACUUUUGUUCUUUUCUUGGAUCGAUGGAUUGUGAAGAUACAGAUAGCAGCAGAUUCUCAGGCCUUCACAAGCAAGUCCAUGGGAAUAGCCCUGCAGGCCUAUCCAGGAGCGACACCUUGGAAUCCGAGAAGGAUAGAACCAAACACCUCAUAAUAUUCUUUCAUGGGGGCCUGUGUGGCUUUACGAGCUCUGGAGCAGCUUGGAGGUCACAUCUGGCCUCAGUCCUGCACAAAAAGCUAGAUUUCGCUGCCUGUCGAGCUGACAAUGAUGUUUGGUUUAGGCCUGCACAGAGGAAAAAUGGCAGCCUCCACGAUGAAAAUGUUUUGGUCUACACUGACGACAUCCUGUGCAUUUCCAUGGACCCCGACUCAAUCUUAUGUCCUUUGGACCAACGCUUUCUACGCAAACCAGACUCCAUGAGCAAGCCAACACAACAUCUUGGUGCCUCUGUCAAAGAGAAUAAAAUCAAGCCUAGUACUGAGCCUCCUUGGUGGACCUGGGCUAUGGGAUCCGAACAGUAUGUCAAGGAAGCCAUUUGUAAUGCAAAACCUGGUUUGAAAAAAGGAGACUUGUUUUGA